AUGUCUGAGACAACGACGCCUCCUUUUCCUGACGCCAUUCCAGUCGCCCCUUUGCUGGUCAUUAACCACGCGCUUAUCAAGGCGGGUGAUCGGGACGAGAUCGAUAAGCUCUGGAAAGCUGCUACCGAGCUGGGUUUCUGGUAUACGAAGAAUCAUGGCAUGGACAAAGAAGUUGAGGAUAUGUAUGAGCUGAGCAUGAAGACUCUCGAGUUGCCAUUGGAAGAGAAGAUCAAAUCUGAGGGGCAUAAGCGAAACGGCCGUUGGGUAACUGACGAAACUGGCUCCCCUGACAAUAUAGAAUUCAUGGAUAUCGCCAAGGAUGAUAUCCUUGCUUGGCCCGAACGCAUUCUUCGGUCAUAUCCACACACCGUCAAUGACCUUACUAUAGAGUCCACACUCAAGCCUUACUUGCUGAAAUCCCUGGAUCUUUGUUUCACUGCUUUCAACAUCUUCGAUGGCAAAUUCGGCCUGCCUGGUGGUAGACUUGUACAGAACCAUACGGGCGACAACAUCAGUCGUUCGGAGAUACGGUGCAUCAGGUGUCUUCCUCGACCUGAAGUACCAGCACAUAAGUUGAGUCUCGGUGUGCACACUGAUUUCGGUUCUAUGACUAUUCUUCACCCUCGUCUCGGAGGGCUGCAAGUUUUACCUCCCGGGUCUAGCGAAUGGUUAUAUGUAAAGCCUGUACCUGGCUAUGUAAUCUGCAACCUCGGAGACGCGAUGGCGAUAUGGAGUGGUGGAAUCUUGCGGUCUAAUCAGCAUCGUGUCGUGAAUCCUCCCAAGGAGCAGGCCAGUCUUGUCAGAUGGUCACAUGGGUACUUUACGCGGCCCAACGACAACUGCAUUCUUGCUCCCUUGGUAACGAAAGCGCGAAGAUCGCACAACAUGCGGCUCAGAAAGCCAAUUGGAAGGAGAAUCCCAACUUGCGACCUCAGACCGCGGCUGACUGGUAUGUCAGACGGAACAAUCUUAUGGCGUUGA